AUGGCACAGCGGUUGGAGCAGUUGCGUGGAACGGCAGGUGGGGCUGGCUCGCGUCGGGGGUCUUCGCUGAAUGCAUCCGCACUGGGGGUGGAUAUAUCGCAUUAUGAGGAUUUGAAACAGACCGAGCUGGGGCCCCGCGCUCGUUUCUUCCUGGCCGCCACCGAUCGUUGGCUCAAGUCCAUGGCUCGGCACUCCAGCUUUGAUGCGUUGCAAGAUGCUCGCCCUCACUGUAUUGCAGAGGAGCAUGCAGACACCUUUCGGUCGCUGUACGACGAAUGCCGGCGCAAUGAUAUUGAUAACAUCAAGAGUGAGCUGGACCUGCUGCUGCGCGACAAUGGCGUGCUGACAGCGUUGAACGAAGUGGAUAAGCUUCACGAGUCGACCAGCAAACGCACCACUCGUCGGUCAUCGCUGAUGGCGGAUGGGCGCCGGUCUGGUGUGACUGCGGAGGAGACACGCCAGAUCGUGCUGGCCAAGCGCUACGCUCGCGCCCGCGACGCCAAGGUGGCCUUGGAGCAGCAGCUGGCCGAGGUUCGCGCCGAAAACGAGCAGCUCGUGACUGCUCUUGAAGAGCAAGCCAAAAGCAAGGCUGCAGACGCUGCAUCAGCUCGUGUCGAAGCCGCGUCAGACAAAGCCAAUGCCCUUUCCCAGGCUGCACAAGUGCUUGAGGCAGCAUUUCCACCAACAAAGCGUUCCAAGAUGGAGCAAAUGGCCGUGGAUCUCAAAGCCAUCUGA